AUGGCGCCGCGAAGAUCAAUACGCCGCGCAGCAACCCGCAAAAGCUAUACCGAAGAUGCAUUUGAAGCAAUCGGCUUAGAAGAUGAUGAAGAUGUGGAGCACGUCGCAAAACCCUCUGCAUCUGAAGAAUCAAAGGGGAAAUCGAGAAAGCGACAACGAGAUGAGUCGGAUGAUGAGUUUGUCGAAGAAGCAGUAGCUGCUGAAGAGAACGACGAGGAUGAAGAGGAUGAAAUUGUGAAGGAGGAAGAAGAACAAGAAGCCGAUGAUGAUGAUUUUGAAGAUGAAGCCGAUGCUGAAGAAUCGAAAAAAGCUGCCGCCAGACUUUCAAAUUUGUCUAUUACUGCACGUGGUAGUCGCACUCCAAAUAGUAAUGCAGCUAGGCAAAGAAGAGACGAUGGGACAAUCCUUUUCAAACCAACUGACACGCAUACGCGUGGCGCGUAUAAUCCGUCCGAGCAUGUGGGCAAGUCAAUGCAUAUCAAGUUGUCCUUUGGAACGGAUGACCGCGACCUACUCGCCACAGCGGCCGCUAGGACUCAGUGGUCCCUGGGGGUUGAUGCAACAUUCCCUACUCGGAACGCGUUAGAAAACGCUCCAAGUGCUGACGAGUUCGGUCCUGGAGCCGCGCAUGGAACAUCUGCCGAAGAAUUGGAGCGCGAAGCUACAGAAGCAUGGGAUUGGUAUUACGACGCGAAUUACGGGCCUGCGUUUAGAAAGAGGCAACGAGUAGAAAAGAUUGGCAAGCAGCGGGCGGAGCAGAUAUACCUUCACAGGCCAAGCAAGUCUAGCCAUAAGAUCAUCUACGGUCCGAGCGAGAAUUUAUCGACAGCUCAUUUAGGUCAACUUGAGUCACUAAAUUUCGGUGACGCAUGGAAAUAUCGCGAUGAAACGCAUAAGAAGGGGAAAACUUCCGACACUGCCAAGAAGGGCAGGGGGCGAAAGAAAAUAGGAACCUCAUCUUCUUCAGUAAAUGAUGAUAAACCAUCAGACAUACCCGCAGGACCGAGACGAAAAAAUCAUUAUGGGUGGAUCUUGAAUCUCUCCGGCAAAAUUCAGGCACUGGGAUGGGCUCCUAAUCAGGACGGGCUGACACAAUAUCUCGCAGUUUCGGUACCAAUCAGUUCGGAGCAAGAGAAGGAGAACGAUCCGCCUGAACCACCAGUCGCGUCACGCGCUUUUUCUGCCUCGCCACCGUAUCCAGGAGCUGUGCAGAUUUGGUCCUUUGACGCUGAAGAUCGCAAGGAUGGUAUGAUCAAGACGAUAAACGUUAAUAGCAAGCCGAAAUUGCGGCAGGKGCUUUGCAUGAACUUUGGGCAUAUAAGAAAAAUCUAUUGGUGUCGAUUUAGUCGAAGACGACGUGAUGAAGAAGUCGUUGGAGCUGACCUGGGUUUACUCGCCUGUGUCUUUUCAGAUGGUCGAACGAGAGUUUUUGAUGUCAAAGUGAACAAAAAUGCGGAAAGCACAGAGUAUCUCCAUGUCAAGUCAGCCGCAUUCACUGCUAUACCCUCGCCAACAAUUUCCACUUGCAUGACUUGGCUGUCGCCUACCGACAUAGCCGUCGGUUGCGCAAAUGGCUGGGUCGCCGUGUACAACAUCGCCAUGUACCAGACCACGCCAAGGCCAGGUGGUCAAGAGGACGAACCUGUUCCAUAUAUUUACGUUCCUAUUCAUUCAACAUACCUUACCAACAUCGAAUCGGCAUACCCCCAACAUCCCCACCUCAUAUCCACCGUAUCAAUGGACGGAAAUACAAGGCUUACUUCUCUCCUCGAUACUGUCAAGGACGUAGUAGAGACGCAGAGACAACGUCUAGGAACAAUGCAAAUCUCAUACUAUCCUCAUCUACAAGCAUUUGUGUCAAGUGACGAAAAUGACUUUGUGCGCGGACUAUCCMCCCGCCGCUUCUAUACUUCUACUUUGAUUGGCAAAAUUCCAAGCACGAUAACAACUAUUGCGAGCGGGAGUCGCUGGCAUCCAUCUGUCAUGGUUGGUUGUACUGAGGGUUCCAUAUUUUGCUUCAACCCGCUUCGCCGGUUUCUGCAUGCCAAAGAAGCAUAUUACCACACAAGAUGGUUCCUACACGAGUGGGCUGCUGGAAAGGAUGAGCAGACACCUAACACGACUCGAUUCACGGAUGAUUUGGAAGUGGAAAAUUUGAGUUUGGUGCGAAAUGUGGAAGGUGGUAAGGUUGUCAAUGGCGUUUUGACUAUCACGAUCUAUGAUGAGCAGCAGCAUGUUAUCGCUACUAAUUGGAAUCCGAAUCAGCAUUGUGCUGGCUGGGCAGCUGCUGGUUUGGGGUCGGGAUUGGUUCGAGUGGAGGAUUUGGCAAUGUUUCAUUAG